GAAAAAGGGAACUGUGAAAUAAUUCCACUGAAUGACAUUUAUCUACUGAAACACCCUACUGUCAAGUGUGACUUCCCUCGUGAUUUCCUGAAACAGAGUGUAACCCGAUACACACCACUUUUCCCUCCACAGUAAAACUGGUUGACAUUAACCUUCACAUACAAAGAUUCACACGAGACAUUCACACAGGACAGACAAUGGAUCAGGAAAAACUCUGCUGUUCAGUCUGUCUGGAUCUACUGAAGAAGCCGGUGACUAUUCCCUGUGGACACAACUACUGUAUGAGCUGCAUUAAAAGACACUGGGAUAAAGAGGAACCAAAAGGAGCCUACAGCUGUCCUCAGUGCACAAAGAGUUUCAUAUCGAGGCCUGAGCUGGAGAAAAACAGCAUGUUAGCAGAGUUAGUAGAGGACUUGAAGAUAUCUGGACACCAAGCUGCUUCAGCUGAUCUCUGCUAUGCUGGACCUGAAGAUGUUUCCUGUGAUGUCUGCACUGAAGAGAAGCUGAAAGCAGUGAAGUCCUGUCUGGUAUGUUUGGUUUCUUACUGUGAGCAACACCUCCAGCCUCACUAUGACUCCUCUGCCUUUGACAAACACAAGCUGGUCAAACCAUCGAACAGGCUGAAAGGGAACAUCUGUUCAACUCAUAAUGAGGUGAUGAAGAUUUUCUGCCGUACUGAUCAAAAGUGUAUCUGUUAUGUCUGCUGUGUGAAUGAACAUAAUCACCAUAACACGGUUCAAGUUGAAGAAGAAAGGAAACACAGGCAGAAAGAUCUCAAGCUGAUUCUGCAAAAAAUCCAGCAGAGGAUUCAGAGAAGACAGGAGGAAGUGAAAGUGCUUGAUAAAGAGGUAGACGGGAUUAAAGUGUCGUCUGAUGAAGCAAUGAAGGACAGUGAGACCAUCAUCAAUGAGCUGGUGAGUUACAUUAAAGAAAAGGGAAAAAGUCUAAAGCAGAAGAUACAACUCCAGCAGAAAGAGGAAGAGAGUCGAGUUGUAAUGCUUCAGAAGAAGCUGGAGCAGGAGAUCACUGAGCUGAAGAAGAUGGACGAGGAGCUGAAGCAGCUUUUACACACAGAGGACAACGCAGAGUUUCUACUCAGCUACUCCCUGCCUUUCAAACUCAACGAUUAUACAGACUCACCAAGCUUCAAAAUGUGUCCAGUUAAGUACUUUGAGGAUCUGCAAACAACAGUGUUAGAAGUCAGAGAUAAAAUCAAAGCUUUUCUCGCUGAAGAAUGGAGGAAGAUCACUCUGACAGUGAGAUCAGUGGAUGUUUUAUUGCCACAAAGCAAGCCUAAGACCAGAGAUGAGUUUUUAAAAUAUUCGUACCAACUGACAAUGGAUUCAGAUACAGUGCACCCUAAAAUAUUUCUGUCUAAUCAGAAUAGAUCUGUGUCAAACACUGUUCAACAUCCAACUAAUGACUUUUCUUUUCAAAGAAAGGACAGGUUUUCCCACCACCAGCAGGCCCUGAGUAAGGAGAGUCUGAUUGGACCUUGUUACUGGGAGGUGGAGAUGAAAGGGAAAGGCCUUUCAGUUGCUGUGACGUACAAGAAUAAAAAUAAACUGGAUCAAAGUGAUUUUGGAAGUAACAAUAAAUCCUGGGCAUUAGAGUGUUACGGUGACAGCUACAAAUUCAGUCACAAUAAAAUCACAACUCCCCUCUCAGGCCCUCUGUCCUCCAAAAUAGGAGUGUACGUGGAUCCUAGAGCAGGUGUUCUUUCUUUCUACAGCGUCUCUGACACCAUGGCCCUCCUCCACAGAGUCCAGACCACAUUCACUAAGCCGCUCUAUGCUGGACUGUGGAUUUGGAAGAGUUAUUGGACUGACAACACUGCUACAUUUAAUGAGAUAAAAUAGACCGUCUUCAUUGGUUUGUGAACCCAUCUUGUUCUUUCCUUUACUCACUGAUCAAAUGCCAUCAUCUUAAGCCAGGUGUCACGGGGAAACAUGAAAUAUGAAUUAAAAUCUGAUAGAUUUGUUUGUGCAGGAACAUGAACUCAGUAUCAGCUAGGUAUGAUGAGUGCCAGUGUCUGCACAUGAAUCAUUAAUCAAAAUGUCAGAAUUAUUUUGUACGGUUUAUACCGUUGCUGUGAGGUUUUCUGUCUCACUGUAUGAAUCAUUCAUGAACUUUCUCAAUCAUUUUUCUUCCUUUUACAUCUUUUGCAUUUUAAGAAAAUAACUGUAAUGAUGCGUUCACUACACCCAUAAUAAUAUAAAAUCAGUUGUACAUUCUUAAAAAAUAAUGUUUAACAAUAAUUAUUGAUUGUUAAAAAGGAACUAGUGAGGGCAGUAGGUUAAACAGGCUGACUAUUUUUAAUAGUGUCUGCAGUAUUUAUUGUAUCAGUCCAGCUGUUACAUGAUGUCAUUAGUUUCGAAUUUGUUCACUGUUAUUGACCCGUUAUCAUGUUUGUAACAUUUGUGAUGACCACAGACAUGACAUAGUUGUCUAAUAAAGAUGAGUUUAGUUUUAUUCCAACAACUUUUCACACCUUUAAUAUUUAUAUAAUUCAGUAGAUUUCGUAUAGUGAGCAUCUUGGAGUAUAAUGCAGGAUUUUCUCUAUCCACACAAAAACUGAAUACAAAUGUUGAGUUAGUUUUUUUUUUAAUGUACUUUUAAAGUAUCCUUUUAAACAGCUGAUUAUAUGUCAUUUUUUUCAUCAAAAUACCAGCUUAGGUUUUGAAACUGUUGAAAUAUAUACGACAAGACAGGCUUUAUAAUUCCCAUUGUUGGGAUAUUCACAUUGAAACAGUGAUUAACAUUCAGAUGAUUUGAAUUCAAACAGAAGUGUCAAGCAGUACAAAAUAAUAAAGACAGUUCAUCACCCCAAUGUGAUGCAUGUAUAGAGUUCUUCCUAGAAAGUAUCAUGUUUUCCUUUUUUCAGUCUUAAGCAAUAGACCCAGGAGUCUUCUGUGUUCAGCCCCCCCAAAGGAAUUAAAUUCCCGGACAGCAAGACGGUC